UCCCUUUCCCUUCCACCAAGCACCAUUGCACCCGGCGGCCGAGACCUCCAUUGAUCCAGCGAUCGCAUCGCCGAGAAGAUGAAGACCAUCUUGUCUUCUCAGACCAUGGACAUCCCUGAGGGCGUGAAGGUGAAGGUCCACGCCAAGAAGGUCGAGGUUGAGGGCCCUCGCGGGAAGCUCACCCGGAAUUUCAAGCAUCUCAACCUUGACUUUGAGCUUGUGGAUGGUGGUCGCAAGCUGAAGGUUGAUGCUUGGUUUGGAUCUCGCAAGACCAUGGCCGCUAUUCGCACUGCCCUUAGUCACGUCCAGAACCUCAUAACCGGCGUUACCAAGGGCUACCGCUAUAAGAUGCGCUUUGUCUACGCUCACUUUCCCAUCAACGCUUCCAUCUCCAACUCCAACAGCUCCAUCGAGAUCCGUAAUUUCCUUGGCGAGAAGAAGGUAAGGAAAGUAGAUAUGCUUCAAGGUGUGACAAUUACUCGUUCCGAGAAGGUCAAGGAUGAGCUUGUUCUUGAUGGUAAUGAUGUUGAGCUUGUCUCUCGCUCUGCUGCUUUGAUAAACCAGAAAUGCCAUGUGAAGAACAAGGAUAUCCGGAAGUUUUUGGAUGGUAUCUACGUCAGUGAGAAGGGAACCAUGGCUGAGGAGUAAAAAGGGUUGCAUGAGCUUCUCAAUAGGCAUAAUUUGUUCUGGUGUCUUAAGCUUGAGUUUCAUUGGUGUUCAGCUUAAAGUACUUAAUGGAGGAAACAGGAAUUUUUGAGAUUUUGCCUUGUUUGUUUGACUGUUUAAGUUUAUUUUCAUCUUAUUUCCCAAUUGGAACACUUGAUUUAGAAAUGAAUUUGCUUUGUUGCUACCAA